CUCCAUUAUCUAAUCAUGGUUGCCUUGGACACCUGGAAUCGUCUUUCAGUUCAUGCUAUAUUACUUUCUCUCCACGUUCAUGCCUGCGUCGGCCAUGCUUCUGUUGUAUAUGACAUCACCACUCUAGAGCCUUCCUUCUAGAGGAUUCCGUUCCGUGGACGAUCCCACCUAUAUACCAGUGAGAAGGACACUGUUGAAAGAAUGUCCGACCCCAAAGGUUUCGACCUCCCCGCGGUCAUUUUCGACAACGGGUCUGGGCUAUGCAAGGCCGGGAUGGCGGGCGACAACGCCCCACGGUCCGUCAUCACCUCCAUCGUGGGCCGCUCCAAAGCCAAGGCCACCAUGUUGGGAGCGGGCCAGAAGGAGUUCUACGUCGGAGAAGCCGCUCAGUCCAAAAGAGGAGUCUUGUCAUUGAACUAUCCCAUCAACCACGGCAUCGUGACCUCGUGGGAUGACAUGGAACGGAUCUGGAGGCACGUCUACGAGUGCGAGUUGAGGGUCUCCUCAAGUGACCGUCCGGUGCUGCUGACGGAAGCUCCUCUGAACCCUCUCCAGAACCGGGAGAAGAUGACGGAGAUCAUGUUCGAGCAUUUCAACGUGCCGGCGUUGUACGUGGCCGUCCAGGCCACCCUGGCGCUCUACGCCUCCGCCCGCACCACCGGCAUUGUCUUGGACAGCGGCGACGGCGUCACACACACCGUCCCGAUCUACAACGGCUACUGCUUGCCUCACGCGGUGGCCCGGUUGGACAUCGCCGGGCGGGACGUCACCGAGUACUUCAUGAAGCUCCUUCUGGAGAGUGGCUACUCUUUCGUCAGCACGGCGGAGAGAGAAAUCGUGAGGGACAUCAAGGAGAAGCUCUGCUACGUGGCUCUGGAUCCGUCCCAGGAGCUCCGAGCAAAGCCAGAGUAUCUUCUGAGGGACUAUAAACUUCCUGACGGGAACGUCAUCCGGAUCGGCAACCAGUUGUUCCGGGCCCCGGAAGCCCUCUUCGCUCCCCCGGACAUCGGCAUCGACGCCCCCGGCAUACACCGCAUGAUCUUCAACAGCAUCAUGAAGUGCGACAUCGACGUGCGGAGAGACCUGUACGGAAAUAUCCUCCUCUCGGGCGGGUCCACCUUGUUUUCCGGGCUGGACGAACGCGUCUUGCAGGAGAUGCAGCUCCAAGUCCCCAUUGGGAUCGCGGUCCGGAUCAUCGCCCCGCCGGAGAGGAAGUACUGCACCUGGAUCGGGGCCUCGAUUCUGGCCUGCUUGAAAGCCUUCCAGUUCAUGUGGGUCACGCUCGGCGAUUACAAAGAUUUUGGCCCCGGGGUGGUCCAUCGGAAGUGUUUCUGAGAGUCCGCAUUUGAACCUAUGGCUCACAUAACGUGUUUGUAUAUAUGGACGAUUUCAUAGUUUUGGACGUUACUGCUAGUCAGAAUGCACAAGGAAAUAAAUAAUUUGAGCAACA